UCCAUCUCCGGAGUAGUCUGAAGUUUCCAGAGGACCCUGAGUUGCCCCCCAAUGAAAGCCCUCUCUUUCCUACCCUAGAAAAAAAACCUGCCUAAAGCUUCUUUUUUGCUUUGCCCCCUCCCCACCUUCAGUCCCCAUCUCUUCCCUUCCCUAGGACUCAACCUCUUAGUUGGGCCAAGACUUCCCUGAGCCUCUACAUCCUCUCCCCCCUCCCCAUCCCUCAGUUCCCCUGAAUGGAGCCGGGGAGAUGUGGUGGGGGGGCCGGGGCCGGAGUUUCAACAUCCCCCCACAGAAGGAGCCAGAGAUGGGGCUUUUACGCCCAAAGUCCAUGCAGGUGAGUGGGAUGGAAGAGCCAAGGAGUCCACAGAAUAGCAGCUGCCCAGCUCUUCAAUACCUCCCAGAGGAACAGGUCUUGGCCUGGGCACCAGGAGUGAGAAGGGGGCUAGAACCGGAAUUGCCUGGGACCCUGAUCUGUACCAACUUGAGAGUAUUGUUCCGCCCCCAAGGCUGGAAAGGAAGGCAGGACUCUAUCCUGAGCAGUGACUAUGAUUUUGCUCUUAGCAACAUUGGACGGUUGGAAGCUGUAAGUGGCCUUGGCAGGCCCCAGAUCCUUCGACCAGGGUCUCUGCUCAAGUUUGUGCCAGAUGAAAUUCUAAUCCAUGGACGAGACUUCCGUCUUCUGAGGGUUGGCUUUGGAGACGGGGGACUGGAGCCCCUUGCCUUUAGGGUGGCCAUGGCGAUUAUCCAGGCUCGAGCCCAGAAGAGUCAAGCCCAACAGUAUGACAGAAUGACUCUGAGCAAAGCUUGUUGGGGUCUGGGCCCCAACGAGCCCCCUGUUCCCCUCUUAGAGACCCCUGAGGACUGGGAGGCUGAACGGAGGAAGCAUGGGGUCAGAGGCUGGAGGGUCAGCACCGUCAAUGAGAGAUUCGAUGUAUCCACCAGUCUCCCGCGAUACUUCUGGGUCCCUAGACGGACGCUGGACAGUGAAGUCCGAAAGGCAUUUGGUCACUUCCACCAGGGCCGUGGACCGCGCCUCUCCUGGCAUCAUCCUGGAGGCAGUGAUCUUCUCCGCUCUGGUGGGUUUUAUGAAGCCAGUGAUCCUAACAGGGAGGAUAUCAGGGCAGUGGAGUUACUAUUGCAGGCGGGGCAUUCGGAUGUUGUCCUGGUGGAUACUGUGGAUGAGCUACCCAGCCUUGCAGAUAUCCAGCUUGCCCAUUUGAGGCUUCGUGCCCUCUGCCUUCCUGAUGCAACUGUAGCUGAGGAAAAAUGGCUUUCAGCCCUGGAGGGAACUCGAUGGCUGGACCAUGUCAGGUCCUGUCUCCGAAAGGCCAGUGACAUCUCAGUGCUGGUGACCUCCAGGGUCCGAUCUGUAGUCCUUCAAGAACAAGGUGAUCGUGACCUCAAUGGCCUCCUUUCUUCACUUGUCGAGCUGCUCUCGGCCCCUGGAGCUCGGACCCUGCAUGGCCUCCAGACUAUUGUCCAGCGAGAGUGGGUAGCAGCUGGACAUCCCUUCCUGACCCGUCUGGGAGGGUCCGGAGGAAGUGAGGAGGCCCCAGUAUUCCUUCUUUUCCUUGAUUGCCUCUGGCAACUGGUCCAUCAAUUUCCAUCAGAGUUUGAAUUCUCUGAGUUCUUCCUCCUGGCCCUUCAUGAUAGUGUCAGAGUUCCUGACACCCCUACCUUCCUGAGAGACACCCCCUGGGAGCGGGCAAAGCAGAGUGGGCAGUUCAGCUCCUAUACCCAAGUCUAUACACCAGGAUCCCCUCAGUCUCCAGUUGGAGACCUGGUCCCCAGACCACUGACUGUCUGGGAUUGGGGUCUUCGAUAUAGCCAUCAGCAGAUACUUCAGUUCUAUAACCCAUGUUAUGAACCACAUCACCACUCACAUUCCUAUACCCCUAGAGAGCAGCCAACUCCAUCGACUCUUGGUCCUCCACGAUCCAUAUCGCUCUUCUCUCGGGGAACCCUGACCCCGAUGAACCAGCUCUGUCCUUGGCGGGAUGGUUUUUCCUCACUGAUGUCUUCAUCACGAUGGUUCCUCCGACACAAUACAUCCUCUGAUAGCCUGGCUGACCAGGAAUGGGGACUGCCUCCUCACUGGGGACCCUCCCCUUUGCCUCCUGGACUUCUGCUGCCUGGAUUCCUAGGGCCCCAGAUCAGACUCUGGAGACGCUGCUACCUAAGGGGGCGGCCUGAGCUCCAGACAGGUCUGUCGGCCCCAACAAUCUCUGGACUCUUGGAUGAGCUGGCCCAGCUCCAGGAGCUGCUGAGGACGUGGUCAUCGGGGGCAUCACCUGGGGCUCAGACCAAACCCAAAGACCCAGUUACCCCCCUGUCUCCGGCCCGAUGAGAUGUCCGGCCCUCUCCUUUCCUUGUAGUUAGGUCAGAGGAAAACUGCUGCUUCUAGAAUCCUAGGUUUCUUCUAUCUGCCAGAUCUUCCCUUUACUUCAACCUUCAUUUUCCUAAUUUCCCCAACCACCAAACAAGCUUGAUAAGAUUUAACCUUCUGUUCCUGCCCUCCCCCCAGCCCAUAAACACAGGACCACAUUUUGAUCUGGAAGGGACCUUAGAGAUCUAGUCUUAUUCUAAAAUGGGCUAGCUGGCUGUGCAUCUGGAAGAGCAUAGGACUGGGGCUCAAGAGAGCUGAAUAUUCUUGUCGUGGCUCUGACUCUGUGUGAUCUUGAGCAAAUCACUUUUCUUGACCUCAUUUUCUUAAUCUGUAAAAUAAUAUAUGUACAGGGUGUCCCAAAAGUCUGAUUUAAGCUUUCACAGCUGCACUGACAUUUGGGAUAGUGUGUGUGUGUGUGUGUGUGUGUGUGUGUGUGUGUGUGUGUGUGUACUAGAAUAUGUGGCCUGAAAUACCAUGAUUCUAGUCAACCUUUACACCGAUAGCAAUUCCCCAGGCACUGUUUUGUGCCUGAAAAAUUUUUUUUUCUUGUAAAUAUCUUAUUAUUUAGGUGAUAAACCUGAUCUCUUCUUCAGGACCACCCCACCUUGGUGGGUUUAUGAUUGAGUAGUAUUUGAAGUGUUGAUACUGGUUGUGAACCUCAUUAACCUGACCCCAUAGACCUCCUCCUAAUCUUCCUUCUGCCUGCCUCUCAGUCUUAAUUUCUAGUUCUUCUCUUUACAGCUUUCUAUGGAAGCAGAGUGGAGAAGAGAGAGUAAGAAAGGGAAUUGCUCUUACUGUGUCCUAGGCAUUGGGCUAAGCACUUUUUACAAAUAUGAUCUCAUUUGAUUCUCAGAAUAACCCUGAACAGUAGAUGCUAUUUUUAUCCCACUUUUACAGUGGAAGAAACAGUUAAAGUGACUUGCCCAGGGUCACACAGCUAGGAAGUGUUUUGAGGCCAGAUUUGAAAUCAGAUCUUUCAUACUCCAGGCCCAGCCUUCUGAGUGUGAUUGGGAGUCACUCUACCACCUCCAUAUGUAGAUAUUUUUGUAGUGACAUUCUAUUUACAGAAACCAUCAAUGAACAGUAUUUAUACAAGCUAUGGGUUUUGCUUCUGAGAAGAGAAAUGUGGGAAUAAGUGCUAGAAUAAAGUUGGGAAAAUGGAGACAGAAAAUCUUGUACUGUGCAAAUGAUAUGUGGGCAGAGGCAUCUUCAUCCAAUUGACUAGCUGUCCAUUCAUUAACCCAACACCCAAUAUCAAUUUCAGGGAAAGUAUGGCAAUGAGGAGAAGUGACCAAGUGAUAAUUAUAGUGGGGCUCAAUUACAGGUGGGUCCAGAUUAGAUUUUCUGUGACUUGUCAGGAAAUAAUGUGGAAGAGUUUCACUUGUGUUGGGGGUCAGGCUAGGGCCAAAGACCAAACUGUGUGAAGUUAAGAUCUGAAUUCUUGGAGGCCUUAGGCCUCCUGAAAGAUUCAGAAGUUCAUGGGAAGUGCUAUGGGACCAGUCCUUUAAUUGAGGAUAACAAAUGGAAUUCAGAUGGUUCUGGAUUGGAUAAUAAGAAGGAGGAGUUUACUCCUUAAAUCCUGAUUUAUAAUCACUUGCUUUGUUACAGAUAUAGUUUGAUGUGAAAGUGAUACACGCUUGGGAACUUGAGGGAAUUGAACCAAAUUUCUAAUGGUGAAUGGUGAAUGUUUUGAGCUAAAAGUCAGCUAAUGUCCUUCCUUCUUCGAGAUAUUUUCCCCAGUUAUUAAUCUUAGUGCCUUCCUUCUCAGACUACCCUCAAUUUAUCUUGUAUAUACUUUGUUUGUAUAUAGUUGUUUGCAUGCUGUCUCCCAUCAGACCAUGGACUCUUCAAGAACAGGGACUGGUUUUUGCCUUUCUUUGUAUCCUCAGCCUGGCACAUGGUGGGUGCUUCAUAAAUGCUAGUUGACUGAUUAGGUCAUAUAUAGGCAAUGAAUAUACUAAUAUGCCCAGUGUGCAUGUGAUGUAGCAACUAAACAGAAUGGAUAAAAUGCUGAACCUGAGGAGGGAAAGAACUUGGUUUGAAUCCCACCUUAGCCAUUCACUAUUGCCUCAUUCUGUAAAACAGAGACAAUAACUAGAGGUAGCACCAGCUCAAGGCAUGUUUAAGUCUUAUAUUCAAUAUGUAUGUAAAAUGCUUGGCAAACCUUGAAUGGACCCACACGCUAUCCAUUAUUAACUGUGUGAUCCUGGGCAAGUCCUAAACCUUUGAAUGCUUCAGCUACUUUCUCUAGGACUGUUAGAGAUGAGCAACAGAUGCUGAGUCUAAGGGACAGAAAGACACCUAUGCCACAGUUCGUGUCUUCAUGGAGCUUGGAUGGGGAAGGAAAUACAUGAGCUCCUCCGGGAAGAAAACAAAGUAACCUGAGGAGGUAGAGCAUUAACAAAGGUGCAUGUGCCCCAAGCAGUACCAGAGCCAAUCUUUACAUGGGACGCCCAGCCAUCCCACUCUGCUUCUUCACGUAAGGAGGGCAGAAAAGAUGCUAUAGAGUGGUUAGUAGCCAUACUUCCCCAAGCUGUACUUGGACAUCUAAGGAGGGGAAGGUAUGAGCUUUUAUAUAUAGCACCUACCCUGUACUGGGCACUGUGCUCAUUCGGAUCUUCCCAACAAUCCUGUGAAGUAGAAGCCGUUAUAAUUCUCAUUUAACAAUUGAGGAAACUGAGGCACAGGUUAGGUGACUUGCCCAAAGUCACAGAGCUAGUCCGUGUCUGAGGCUGGAUUUGGGCUCAGUUCUUCUUGACUCCAGACCCAGCAGGUGGGCUUCAGCUUGCAGUGGGCUUUGGCUACAGAAAGGAUAUGGGGGGGUUGUGGUCACUGAAGGUCCUGAAUCCGAGGAAGGGACCCCGGGGAUGGCUGCAGCAAACAGCUCGAAGGCCACGUGACGGGCAGGGUCGGCCUUUUUUUUGGGGGGGGGGGCAAAGGUACCAACUUUAGGGCCCUUUCCGGGUUACUAGACCUCCCUGGGCCUCAGUUUACUCAGUUGUAGAGCAUGGGGAGGUUAGAUUGGAUGAGCUCUCUGCCCUUUCCAGCUCCAAAGCCCUUUUUCCGCCCCACUUCUCGGAACGAUCUAUACAAACUGGGUUGGGGGGCGAGGACGCCCCCCGUUGCUAUGGCAACGUUUCGGCUGCCGUCGGGUUAGGACGAAAGAGGCCUUUUCGGUAUCAGUGAGCCAGCAGUCUCUUCUCUAAGGGCCUGAGCCCAAUUGACUUUGAUAUGGGGGGGGGGGAGGGUGGUCGUCCUCAUACCGCCAGAGACUGAGUUAAAUUGUGGAGGUCUGAACGUCAAGAUCGUGUCAUUAGUUACUUUGAAAAAUAAAGCGUUAUUACGUUUCGCGCUGUAGUUGCUGGCGGCGAGUAGGAGGGAGGGAAGAGAGCUGCUAUUUCUUCCCCUCCCAAAAUCACGUGAUGGAGGCCUCAGCCGGGCCCUUCCGCCCAGACACUACGUGACUGGCUCCUAGCACCCCCGCGGGCCGCCCCAGCCACCUCAGCCAACAUGGCCGCUCACGCCCCGCGCCUCC